GUGGAAUAAUCACCCACGUUGUCGUGUUUUGGCUGAAGUUCGUGUAGUAUUAUCAGUUCGAAGUAAGGGUAUACUGAACAUGUCUGAGGACAAAAAGACCGUGGUUCUUGCCUACAGUGGAGGUCUUGAUACAUCUUGUAUCUUGCUUUGGCUCAAAGAACAAGGGUAUGAAGUUAUUGCAUUCAUGGCAGAUGUGGGACAAGAUGAAGAUUUCGAGGAGGCGAGGGCGAAGGCCACAAAACUGGGCGCAAAAAAGGUGUUUAUUGAGGAUUUGAGAGAGGAAUUUGUCAAAGAGUUCAUCUUUCCAGCUGUACAAGCUAAUGCAAUUUAUGAAGAUCGCUAUUUGAUGGGAACAGCUGUUGCCAGGCCUUGCAUUGCUCGUCGUCAAGUCCAGAUUGCUCUUCGUGAGGGUGCAGAAUAUGUGUCCCAUGGUGCUACAGGAAAGGGUAACGAUCAAGUGCGUUUUGAGAUGACUUAUUAUGCACUGUAUCCUGGGGUUAAGGUUAUUACCCCAUGGAGACUUCCAGAAUUUUACGACAGAUUCAAGGGAAGAAAAGACCUGUUUGACUACGCAGAACAAAAAGGCAUACCAUUACCAGUCACCCCAAAGAAGCCUUGGAGUAUUGAUGCCAACCUUAUGCACAUAAGUUAUGAAUCUGGAAUUCUUGAAAACCCUAAGACCAUGGCUCCAGAUGACCUUUACUGCUUUACAACUGAUCCAAAAUCUGCUCCUGAUGAGCCAGAACAGCUCGAGCUUGAGUUUAAGAAAGGUGUCCCAGUUCGAGUUCAGAACUUGAAAGAUGGCACAGUUCAUGACAAACCAUUGGAUAUCUAUCUUUAUCUCAACAAAAUGGGUGGUCGCCAUGGUGUUGGAAGAAUUGACAUCGUGGAAAACAGAUUUGUUGGAAUGAAAUCCAGAGGAAUCUAUGAAUGCCCCGGUGGUACCAUAUUGCGAGCUGCGCACUUGGAUAUUGAGACAUUCACAAUGGACCGGGAAUUGCGCAAAAUCAAGCAGAUGUUGGCCGGCAAGUUUUCAGAGCAGGUUUACUAUGGAUAUUGGUACAGUCCUGAAGGGGAUUAUGUGCGUUUCUGUUUGGACAAGAGUCAAGACAACGUGGAGGGAAAAGUGACACUGGAUCUUUUCAAAGGAAAUGUUUACAUCAAAAGCCGUGAGUCUAAAGCAUCCCUCUACAACGAGGAAUUAGUCAGCAUGGAUACCAUUACUGGCUACAACCCACAAGACGCAGCUGGCUUCAUCAGAAUUAACGCUCUGAGGCUUCGUGAACACAGCCGACUCAGAAAAGCGCUGAACAAGGGUGAAGAAAAUGGCGCCUGAUGUGUGGCAGGUGACUCUUGGAGUAACGAAUAAGUCCCUGAAAAAAUUGCGUGGAGAAAUUGGUGACAAAGCGAAGCUAUUAAAAUACAACACUGCGGGUUUUAUUAUUUUUAGUAAACUAGAAACUAAACUUGUGUUUAUUUGUUUAGUUAGAAUAAAAUUCUCGCAACAAUAGAG